GUUUUUCAUUGCGGAGUGUUUCGCUACGUAAGAAAUGCGCUUGUUAUCAGUUAUCGGUAUUGUCACGUUGUACGUGACAGUAAACACAAAUGGGCUCCCAGCACCAGCGAGUACCGUGAAAACAUGGCUAUCAAAUGACAAGAGGGAUCAAAGUCAACAGUUUGUUUCGAAUUUGGCCAGGAAUUUUUCGUCUUUUUACUUUGAUCGCAUGACCGAAUAUGUCGGCAAGAAUCGAAUCGUUUCCUCUCUGAGCGCUUUCAUCCCCAUGUCAUUGCUGUCUUAUGGAGCUCGAGGAGAAACAAGAAAAAAUUUCUUGGACGUAAUCCGACUUCCGAAGCAUAAAGCCCGGAUGGCCGAAAAUGGUUAUAAAAUAAUGUUGCAAAGUUUGGCAAAAUAUGAUAUUCGCCUCGAAACAAAAAUGUUGGUUCCGACCGGUGUCAGAUUGAAUCCCGAAUUCAUUGAUUUGAGUACGAAAGUAUUCAAUACAGAAAUCGAGUAUGCCGAUACGACCGAUGUAACGGACAAGCAGAAAAAUCCUACGGAGUUAAUCGAGCCACAACCUACCGGUCGGGCCCUGAGUUUCAGCCUUAACAACACUAUUCGCUUCAAGGGGAUUUGGAAGAAGGCAUUCGAUAAAUUUUUCACUACACUACGUCCUUUCCAUGCGUUCGGCGAUGAUGAUCCAGUAAUGGUACCGACCAUGUACACAACUGGCCGAUUUAAGCACGGUCGGAUCGACGAAAUCAGCGCGAGUUUCGUAGAACUUCCAUACGAGAGCAACAGCGAGGACGACGCCAUGAGCAUGUUCAUAUUACUUCCGGACGAGGUGGAAGGUGACGACUGGGUUUACAUGAUAAGCAACCUCAGAAAUAUAACUCUGAGCAGACUAUUAAAUAGCACAGAAAAAGAGGUCGCGGUAACUCUUCCAAAAUUCAACAUCGAAACGGAACUGUCACUCAAUGAGUUUCUGAACCGGAUUUCCAGUUUCAGUGGGCCAUCAAACUUUUCCGGCAUUUUCGAUGCAGAUGCUCAGUUCGAUCUUGGUGAAUCAGUUACGAAGAUCGUAAUCGAAGUCGACGAGGAGGGCGAAGAAGCCGCAGCAUCAAGUGGAAUAUCUUAUUACGACAGCACUGUGCUCGCGACGUUAGAUUCAAAAACUCGGUCUGCUGCACGAGAAGUUACCGAGUUCAACGUCGAUCGUCCAUUCGCUGCGCUGAUAAUAACCAAGGGAAACAUUUUUAUGGACAUAUUUUGUAUAAAUUACCCUGGCAGCGAAUAUCCACCCUACGGUAUGAUUAUUUAGUGUUGGAAACCCAGUUUAACGUUUGUCAGCGGCGUAUCGAAUGGCAGAGUUACAAAAAAUUGUUAAGAUUGUACCAAAAAUAAAGACGAUCGUGAUUUAUACUACAAUUGUAGAAAACAAUGAAAU